GUUGUUCUUUUCAUAAGACAAAUCGAUUACAGGUUUUUUUUACAUCUGUAUCUGUGUCCAAUUUGGCAUUUAGCUUUGGCCUUUGCUUUUUUGGCCGCAUCUCUCUCUCUCUCUCUGACAGUCACUGUAAUUUAUGGGAGUAACAUUGAUUUUUUUUUCUGUUUAAAAAUAAUUGUUGCAUAGAUUGCUUGCUUGCUUGCUUGUGAAGUUGUUCUGUGUUAAAACGAAGAAGAAGAUAAUGCUAGUGAAAUUACAUAGUAGUCAACUGAACAGGGCAAGGCUAGAAGAAACCAAAAAUAUAGCAACAUGGAAUUUGUGGGGAUCAACCAAAACUUAAAACCCGCAUUCUCAGAUCUCUAGGAUCUCAGAAUUUCAGGCUUCACUAUUAUCUUUGCUUGUUUCUCGAGAAAAUUCUUUUCUGAGCUGGGUGUCAUGUAAGUAAGGAAGUGAUUUUGGUUUCAUCUGGGAGUUAGUUCAAAGUGAGAGUUGCUAAAAGGGACCAUCUUUUUGCUGGAAAUACUGGGCUUUUGCUUUAUUAUUUUGUGUUUCUGAUUCUUAAAACAGAAGGUGUUUUCUUUUUCUUUUAUUUGGAUAACAGAACAAGUCCAUUUUAGCAGAAUAUGGCUUUUGGGGUUGGUGGAGAAGCUGGUUUUGAUAAGAAAAGAGUAGUUGGAGUUUUGCACAGUGAAUGAAGUGAGGGUAAGAAAGUAUCCAUGGAAAGUAGGAGGAGUUUCAGGUUGUGCAGAGUGGUAUUUCUGGUUUUGGCAUUAAUGGAGAUUUCUACUGCUACACUUUCUCCUGCUGGUAUAAACUAUGAAGUGGUAGCUUUGGUGGCCAUAAAAACUGCUUUACGCGACCCAUAUAAUGUUCUGGAUAAUUGGGAUAUCAAUUCUGUUGAUCCUUGUAGCUGGAGGAUGGUUACUUGCUCCCCAGAUGGAUAUGUUUCUGCUUUGGGACUCCCCAGUCAAAGCUUGUCUGGGACUUUAUCUCCGUCCAUCGGCAACCUCACUAACCUGCAAUCAGUGUUGCUGCAGAAUAAUGCCAUUUCAGGUCCUAUACCUGCUGCAAUUGGCAAGCUGGAGAAGCUUCUUACACUUGAUCUCUCGAACAAUACAUUUAGUGGAGAAAUGCCCACCUCUUUGGGGAACCUCAAGAACCUGAAUUACCUGCGAUUAAAUAACAACAGCCUUACUGGACCCUGCCCCGAGUCUCUGUCCAAGCUCAAUGGCCUCACACUUGUGGAUCUUUCAUUUAACAAUCUGAGCGGUUCCUUACCAAAAAUAUCAGCAAGAACUUUCAAAGUAACGGGUAACCCUUUGAUUUGUGGACCUAAGGCCAGUGACAACUGUUCUGCUGUCUUUCCAGAGCCUCUUUCUCUCUCGCCUAAUGGUCAAUCAGACUCUAGAACAAACAGUCAUCGUGUGGCUAUUGCUUUUGGGGCAAGCUUUGGUGCUGCUUUUUCCAUCAUAAUAAUUAUUGGUUUACUUGUUUGGUGGCGAUGCAGACACAACCAGCAAAUUUUUUUUGACGUCAAUGAGCAAUAUGACCCAGAGGUGUGCUUGGGCCAUUUGAGAAGGUAUACAUUUAAGGAGCUUCGCUCUGCUACUGAUCAUUUCAGUUCAAAGAAUAUUCUUGGGAGAGGUGGAUUUGGUAUCGUGUACAAGGGAUGCUUGAAUGAUGGAACUCUGGUUGCUGUCAAAAGGCUAAAAGACUAUAACAUUGCUGGCGGUGAAAUCCAAUUCCAGACAGAAGUAGAAACAAUAAGUUUGGCUAUUCAUCGAAAUCUUCUGAGGCUCUCUGGGUUCUGCACGACUGAGAAUGAAAGGCUUCUCGUUUACCCCUACAUGCCGAAUGGGAGUGUAGCAUCUCAAUUAAGAGAUCAUAUUCAUGGCCGAGCAGCAUUGGACUGGGCAAGAAGAAAGAGGAUAGCUCUGGGUACAGCUAGAGGGCUCCUAUACUUGCAUGAGCAAUGCGACCCCAAAAUUAUUCACCGCGAUGUCAAAGCAGCCAACAUUUUGUUGGACGAGGACUUUGAGGCAGUAGUUGGAGAUUUUGGGCUGGCAAAGCUUUUGGAUCACAGAGAUUCCCAUGUGACCACAGCUGUUCGUGGCACCGUUGGUCAUAUUGCUCCGGAGUAUUUAUCAACAGGUCAGUCAUCAGAAAAGACUGAUGUGUUUGGGUUUGGGAUCUUGCUUCUUGAGCUAGUCACAGGUCAGAAGGCAUUAGAUUUUGGAAGGGCAGCGAACCAGAAAGGUGUCAUGCUUGAUUGGGUGAAGAAGCUCCAUCAUGAUAGAAAGCUAAAUCUCAUGGUGGAUAAGGAUCUGAGAGGCAAUUUUGACAGAAUUGAAUUAGAAGAAAUGGUCCAGGUUGCUCUUUUAUGCACGCAAUUUAAUCCUUCUCACCGUCCAAAGAUGUCUGAAGUACUAAAGAUGUUAGAAGGUGAUGGUUUAGCUGAGAAAUGGGAAGCCUCACAAAGGGUCGAGACCCCAAGGUUUAGAUCAUGUGAAAACCCUCCUCAAAGAUAUUCAGAUUAUAUAGAAGAAUCUUCACUGGUGGUAGAAGCCAUGGAGCUUUCUGGUCCUCGGUGACAAUGAUUUCACACUCACUUCUACACCUCCUUGCCUGAUCAAACAUUAGUUGCAAAACUUUGAUGAUGAAAAUUAUGUCAUUGUUAAUAGUGGUUGAAUGCAUGUAUUCAUCUGUAAAAAGCAAAAAGAAAGCCAUGUAUAAACAAACAUCUCGGUUCUUUGUUGGAAAGCCAGUUUGAGUUGAUUGCUCCCA